CUUUGGAAGCCUUUGGACAGUCUGUAUCAGAUCAACCAUCCCGUAAGUCACUGCAUGACUGUCAGAAAUAUUAACGCCAGUCUCCCAACCGACUUCAGAAGCUUGUAUCGGCUCUUUCUUCGAGCUAAUUCCGCGGUGGUGCUGCACCAUUCUCCGUCGAAAACACAGGUUCGUCGGCUGUGGAGACCUGUCUUCGACGAGGCCGCAUCAAAAAUCCACAGGCUUCAGCAUCACGACGUUUGUUCAUCCGAGCGGACAAAUAUUGUCCAGUGGCUAUAUACAUGGCACAGACGAGUGGACCAUACACUUUCGCUACUCGCGACCGCGGCGGUAACACGAGGCCUCGCCCAUAAAAUCACUCGCAAUCUGAAAUGGCUAAGACAAAACCAUGUUUUGUGGGUCGAAAAGUUAUAUUAUUCCCACAAGCCUUUCUGGAAACCACAACUCCCUCGGACUUCUGCCCAGUACCAGCCUUAUUCUCUUCCAGCACCCGGCAGCAGGCCCGAUCACAUACUCAGGAAAAACAGGAAAAUGAGGUUGUUUGACGAGCAGUGUUCGAACGCGAUCGGCGAGGUCGUAAAGAUGGCUGAAGGAAGGCAUGAUAUCAUUCUGGGGAGACUUCGCCUUAAACGAUGGCAGCACGAGUGGUCGUCAUGACUGUGCGCACGUAAUCGUGUUUUAGACCAUAUGAUUGACUCAUAAAAUAAAGAUUGACGCAAGUCGACCACUUU